AUGGUGGAGGCGGCGAGGGCGGUGGUGAGGGCGGCGGCGGCGAGGGCGGCGGCGGCGAGGGCGGUGGUGAGGGCGGCGGCGGCGAGGGAGGAGGCGGCGAGGGAGGCGGGCUCGGCGGCGGCGGUGAGGGAGGCGGUGGCGACGGAGGUGGCGGUGAGGGCGGGGGCGGCGACGGCGGUGGCGAGGGCGGCGGUGGCGAGGGAGGCGGCGGGGAUGGUGGGGGAGGCGAGGGCGGUGGUGGAGACGGAGGCGGGCUCGGAGGCGGCGGGCUCGGUGGUGGGGGUGACGGCGGUGGGGGGCUUGGGGGAGGCGGCGACGGCGGCGGGGAGGGCGGCGGCGGCGACGGAGGCGGCGGCGAGGGCGGGGGUGGGCUUGGUGGUGGCGGUGAUGGCGGUGGCGAUGGCGGCGGCGGCGAGGGUGGUGGCGACGGAGGUGGGGGUGAGGGCGGCGGCGGUGAGGGCGGCGGCGGCGAGGGCGGCGGCGGCGAAGGCGGCGGCGGUGAGGGCGGUGGGUACGGCGGAUAUGGCGGCGAUGGCGGCGCUGACGGCGGACUCGGCGACGCAGGCGGCGAGGGAGGCGAGGGUGGCGGUGGGGACGGCGGAGGAGGUGAGGGCGGCGGCGAGGGCGGCGGUGGCGAAGGCGGCGGCGGAGAUGGUGGAGGCGGCGAGGGCGGUGGUGAGGGCGGCGGCGGCGAGGGCGGCGGCGGCGAGGGCGGUGGUGAGGGCGGCGGCGGCGAGGGAGGAGGCGGCGAGGGAGGCGGGCUCGGCGGCGGCGGUGAGGGAGGCGGUGGCGACGGAGGUGGCGGUGAGGGCGGGGGCGGCGACGGCGGUGGCGAGGGCGGCGGUGGCGAGGGAGGCGGCGGGGAUGGUGGGGGAGGCGAGGGCGGUGGUGGAGACGGAGGCGGGCUCGGAGGCGGCGGGCUCGGUGGUGGGGGUGAGGGCGGUGGGGAGCUUGGGGGAGGCGGCGACGGCGGCGGGGAGGGCGGCGGCGGCGACGGUGGCGGCGGCGAGGGCGGGGGUGGGCUCGGCGGUGGCGGUGACGGCGGUGGCGAUGGCGGUGGCGGCGAGGGUGGUGGCGACGGAGGUGGGGGUGAGGGCGGCGGCGGUGAGGGCGGCGGCGGCGAGGGUGGCGGCGGCGAGGGAGGCGGGCUCGGAGGCGGCGGUGAGGGAGGCGGGGGCGACGGAGGUGGCGAGGGCGGCGGUGGCGAGGGAGGCGGCGAGGGAGGAGGCGGCGAGGGAGGCGGGCUCGGCGGCGGCGGUGAGGGAGGCGGUGGCGAAGGAGGUGGCGGUGAGGGCGGGGGCGGCGACGGCGGCGGUGAGGGCGGUGGUGAGGGCGGCGGCGGCGAGGGAGGAGGCGGCGAGGGAGGCGGGCUCGGCGGCGGCGGUGAGGGAGGCGGGGGCGACGGAGGUGGCGGUGAGGGCGGGGGCGGCGACGGCGGCGGUGAGGGCGGUGGUGAGGGCGGCGGCGGCGAGGGAGGAGGCGGCGAGGGAGGCGGGCUCGGCGGCGGCGGUGAGGGAGGCGGUGGCGACGGAGGUGGCGGUGAGGGCGGGGGCGGCGACGGCGGCGGCGAGGGCGGCGGUGGCGAGGGAGGCGGCGAGGGAGGAGGCGGCGAGGGAGGCGGGCUCGGCGGCGGCGGUGAGGGAGGCGGUGGCGACGGAGGUGGCG